AUGCCUCAAUGGAUUGGAUCCCUGACCAGCCAGAACGAUCAUUCUCUGGCUGGUGUAUUCAUGAUCAAAGGCGAGCCGUGGGUAUUCGAGAACCCUCGCGGCCAAACCGCGGCACCGUUUCAACGCGCCCCUGCAGUCGUGAAUAUUCCCUGGAAGGAGGUUGGAAGUAUCCGGCGCUCCCUGCAGACCCGUGAGCCAUUCACGGCGACUGUCAUUGGAUCUACCAUGGAGAUUGCGUGGUCUAAUGGUGUGAGAAUCACUGCCAAUGUUCCCCAUUGCAAUACCUAUGGAUUCUUCUCGGGCGAGGGUGGCUGGCGGACGCAGUGA